GACCGGUCUGUUAUUGUACGUGAACAGGAAUCCGUCGGAUUGCUCACUACUAUUCUGGUAGUAGAUACUGACUCUACUAAUAAUAUAUAUUCAACAAUUACAGAACCAAAAUCCUCUUCAAGUCAUUAUACAGCGAUAUAUUGUUCAAAUUUAAAUCACAGGACUAAUCAAUCUACGGUGGACGAGUUUAUCCAGUUGGAAGUAGGAUAAUUUAUUUCAUUGUUACGUUGUUGAGGAUAACACUGCUUUCCUUGAGUAAUUGGACGAUUUCUUGUCUUGGUAAUUUCCUCUGAAUCAGGUGAGAUCGAAUCAAUGAAGAGAACAUUAACGCCGGUCGAUCUGAAUAUCCGCAACAUCAUGCAUUGUAACGGAGGAGACGAUGAUGACGUAAUUAUGUUAGAUGAAGAAAUUCCAGCUAAAGUUAUAGUUAAAAAUUCCCAGAGCAGCACUGGUCACAGGGUUACGAAAAAUGAUGUCCGGUCGCAAUUGAAGUCGGAGCAAACAAAUAUUGUUUUGGUCUAUAAACCGCCUGGGUCUCCUGAUGGCAUAACAUUAACAAGUGAAGAUAUUUCGUGCCUUUCACCUGGAGGUCUUUUAAACGACUCAAUAAUCAACUUUUAUUUGAAAUAUUUGUACUUUGAGAAACUGACAAAGUAUCAGAGGCAUGUUACUCACCUGUUCAAUGUGUUUUUCUAUACUCGAUUGACAUGCGAUUAUCCAUCGUCUACGACAAACAGAGAAGAAGUAAUUCGUGCUCGACACGCUGGUGUCGCUCGGUGGACACGUCGAGAUGACGUUUUCAGUAAGGAUUUUAUCAUUAUUCCAAUUAAUGAGAAAAUUCACUGGAUUGUUGGUAUUGUUUGCUAUCCUUGGAUGGUGGGAAUGCCCAAGGAUGUGCAUGCGGAUGAAGUUGUUGGCCAGUGCCCAUUGAUGGAAGAAUUUUCUGACGUCGAAUAUAUUAAAUUUCCUCAAAGUUUAGAUUUAUCCACUAUUUAUGAAGAAUCGGUGCACAGAAUUCCUAUAGAUGUUCAACGUGAAGCAUUUAAUCGUUGGAGACGAAGACGUUUAGCCUGGCUCCGGAAGAAUGGUUACAAUCCGAAGCCUUGUCUUCUAAUAUUUGACUCGCUUCCUAUUGUAUCUAGAGUUCCUAUUGCGCGUGUUCUUUACAACUAUCUACAAGUGGAAUGGGAUACGAGGAGAUCAGAAGUAGACGGUGUCCUCCGUUUCAAUAGCGAUACUCUCCCUAUGCAUACUCCAUUUUUGCCUACUCAAAAUAACGGUGUGGAUUGUGGAGUUUUUAUGCUUCACUAUGUGGAAAAGUUUUUCCAGAAACCAAUCGAAAGUUAUACAAGGCAGUAUUUUGCCUCGAAGCUGAAGGAUUGGUUUCCGGAAUCAGAUAUUCCAGCGAAACGACUCUUUAUCCGCGAUCUGAUCUUUACGUGCGCAUCGAGAUGAUAGUCUUUUCAGUAAAGAUGUUAUCAUCAUUCUAAUUUUAAUAAGAGGGUGAACUCAGUUUGCGCAGAUUUUGCGGACAUUUUUGUGUAUUUGAUUUUGCCUCUACUCACUGAUGAUAACUGACUGACCAGAGUUGUCCGAUCACCACCAUCACCGCUUGACUAACCCAUUCAUGAUCUCAUGAUGAUGAUUAUAAUGAUGAUGAUGAUGAUGAUGUGUUUGGUUUAGUGUCGUGUCGUGUUGUGUUGUGUUGUGUCAAGUUGUGUGAUGUGAUGUGGUGUGAAGUGUUGUGAUGUGAUCUGAACACUAUUUUUUGUACUGCAGAUAUUGUCAAUAAUGGUCUUAUUACUGUAACUAUUGCCAUGAAUAAGAUUUGCUUGCAAAUGCCUUUUGUAAAUCUUGAAUGCAUUUUUUCUGACUGUCGAAACAUCUCAACAAGAAGAAGAACCACAAGAACAACACUUUUGGAUAUAAGAAUGACUUGUUUUCUUUCCUUUUCUCAAACGGGUGGGUGGAGAUUAUACAAAUA